AUGAUUUAUAUUUAUAUAUUUGCUGCCCUCCUUGUUGUAGCCUUAAUCAAAUUUAUAUGGAAAAGUCUUAUUAAUCCCAAAGGUCCAACUGCUUUAGAGCCCAAACAUAAGCGGGAAUAUUUAACUUGUCAAUUGAUAGAGAAAACAAAAUUGAGUCAUGACACAUAUAAUUUUAAAUUUGCUCUUCCAUCUAAAAGACACGUAUUGGGAAUCGAAGUAGGAUAACAUAUUAUCUUACAGUAAUUAAAAUUUUAACUAUUUAGUGAGCAAAUAAAAACUAGGGAAUAUCCUGAAGGAGAGUUGGUGGAGAGGAAAUACACUCCCACUAGCCCAGUUGAUUAGAAAGGCAAUUUUGAUUUAUUAAUCAAAAUCUAUAGAGCUAAUGAGCAUCCUAAAUUUCCAGAUGGAGGUAAAUUAACUUCUUGGAUUGAAAAUAUGAAUGUAAAAUUAAUUUAUAUAAUAAGCCAGGAGAAUCUAUUCAUAUUACUGGUCCUGGAGGUAGAUUAAUGUAUUUAGGAUAUGGAAAUGUUUAGAUCAAUAAAAUGCCAUAAUUAUAUAGAAAAAAAUAUAAAAAAAUUGUGAUGAUUGCUGGUGGAUCAGGAAUUACACCAAUGUAUUAAAUUAUACAAGCUGUAGCCACAAAUAAUAAUGAUAGAACUUAAUUAGCAUUACUUUUUGCUAAUAAAUCUGAAGUAAUUAUUAUUAUUCUAUCAUAUUAGUAAGACAUUUUAUUAUACAAUGAAUUAAAAGCAUUUGCUGCAUUAAAGAAACUAACUCUACAUUUGACUUUAGACAAUGUAUAUAAUUAUUUAAUUAUGAUUAGCCUCCUGCUUAAUGGGUUGGUUUUUCUGGAUUUGUCACUAAAGAUAUGACUGAAUAAGCAUUUGGUAAAUUAGAUAAUCAAACUUUGGCUUUAACUUGUGGUCCUCCUAUGAUGAAUUCAUUAGCUAGAACAAAUUUCUAAUAAUUGGGAAUGAAUAGUGAUGAUAUUUUUGAGUUCUGAGAAAAGAGAAGUGUCAAAUGACAGUUUAAUAUAUAGAAAUCAUAUUUAUUUUAAUUCUUUGUUUAAAAU